AUGGAGGAAGAAGAUGAUGUACUGGACCCCGCACCUGCAACAGAACCCAUGGACCACGAAGCGAUCUCCCAAACAAGGAAGACGCAAGACACUGCCAGUGCAGAAGAAGAAUUUGCAGACAAAAGGACGCCCAGACCAGACAGGAGGCAGCGCACAAGAAACCAGGAGCGACCUACACCGACAGAGCGAAGCGCCGCCGCCAGCCGAGGAACACCCCCAGUGCGAGCACAGCAGCCCGCUAGCCCAGCAGAAACCCAGAAGCAGCGCCAAGAAACCAAGUGGAAACACAGAAACCCGCACAAGCACCGCGACCGCUGCCCCGCCGCCACCUGCAGAAGAGGCCGAGAACGGAAUCGACACAAGAGGCCCAACCAACACCAGAGAAUCACUCAGCAGAAGCGCAACGUCACAACCACCGCCAGCAACAGGAAGCCACAGCAGGCAACUCCUGCAGCACAGAAGCGAGGGAAAACGUCAACACAACAGCCACCAGAGGAGAAGACGACCCACCAACACCAGCAACCGCAGACAUCGCAUCCUCAUGGCAGUCAUGAUGGAAGACAUAGUCACGCUCAAAAGCGUGACAGAGAAGCUAGUCACCUACAUGGCCAACACGACAGCCACCCUAAGAAACCAAGACGGGAGAUAGACCCAUACAAGGGCUAA